AAUCGUCUCUAGUUUCAUUCCGGUUUGAACGAGCGUUUUAUGCACGUUUUUCUUUAGGAAAAAAAAUCGCCGAAAUCAUCAUGUCACAAGCCCCAAAGCAAAUGCAGCAAUCAGGGGACAAAGACAAAGAGAAGAAGAAGAAAGAGACAAUUUUGGAUCUCGCGAAGUACCUCGACAAAACUAUCCGAGUCAAAUUUAGCGGGGGUCGAGAAGCUGCUGGUGUGUUGAAGGGUUAUGACCCCCUGUUAAAUCUUGUAUUGGAUGACACAACAGAAUACCUGAGAGAUCCUGAUGAUCCAUACAAGCUCACAGAUGACACGCGAUCUCUAGGAUUGGUGGUGUGUAGAGGGACCUCUGUAGUACUCAUCUGUCCUUCUGAUGGAAUGGAGGCCAUUGCCAACCCUUUUGUUCAACAGGAAGGAUAGAAAGUGAAAGUAGAUGUCAAGGACUCAAAAGAAAGUAUGGAAAGUGGAAGUAGAAGAUGUCAAGGACAUUUUAUUUUCUGUUUUGUAUAAGAUUUGAGAAAACGAAUGUGGAUGUAAGAAGGCAGCAAAUGUUGAUUAUGUAUGUUAACAUUUCUAUCAUAAUUAUUGGCAUGAUGUUUUAAGGAUCUAAAUUUUCAUUGUUUGGUCUACAUUGUACAUCUGUAAGUGUAUUUAACACAGGUACAUGUGUCUGUCAUGUUAGUUUCAUCCAGGAUAACACUUCAAACGUUUAUAUAAAAUAAGUUGGAACAUGAUGAAGUAAAUAUUCUUUAGGUAUCUUUUACUGAUGAUUCAAAAUAUCAAGAAAGCAUUUGUUAAGUUACUUAACAUACAUACAGUGUCAAUGUUGUUUGAAAAUUAUUGUUUAAAUGUUGUUUUUAAAUCGUUGUAUUAAAAUUACACAGACAUGUAAUUUUUUUAUGAACAAAAAUGCAUCAUUUCUGAUUUAGACUUUGCUCUAGUUUAUUGUCAUCCAUAAUGUACACUACUGUUAAUGAAGAAUGUACAAAGUGUACUGUGAACGUUAAAUUUGGUGCAGACUAUACUUAACAUCUAUAGAUAGUAUGUGUUUAAGCAUUUUUCUUGUUUAUAUUCUCUUGCAUAACUAAGUUUUGUAUUUAACUUUUUUUAUUAACAAUAACAAAACAUUUUUGAAGUGUUGCAAAAAUAACAGUACGUUUUGAUAUUGCUACUUAUUCUUGUAAAAUGCAUGAAUAAAUAUUAAAAAAAAAAAUUGGAUUUACGUGCACAGCUCAAACAGAUUUCUCUGAUUUCAAUUGAAAAUGGUAAGCAAGAUACUAAACCACAAUCUCUACCUA